AGCCAAUCAGGAAUGGCGGGAGGGAGCUUUCUUUUGGUGCUGGUUCCUUAACUAGGGGCCUCUCCAGGGAAGUAAGAUCCAGUCGCAGCAAUCGCGGAACUGUGCUCAGGACCUGAGCUGAGAGGAUUCGCCCAGUGUCAGCGGCGCGAGCUGGUGAGGAGAGGACGAGGAUACUAGAAUGUCAAGUACUGCGUCCUACCGGAUCUUCAAUUUUGCAAGGAAUCGUAUUGCUGUGUUACGAGGGGGUAGACGCUUGUACUCCAGGGCAGCCACGAGUAGGAAUCAAGUGAAAUGGAGGCUCUUUUCUCCCGCAUCAUUGGCCGUGAACGACAGUUCUCCACAUGGUGGCUUUGCUCUGCGGAAAGCUUACAGACACACAUCAACCGAGGAAGAGGAUUUCCACUUGCAGCUCAGCCCCGAACAGGUCAGUGACCUGCUCCGAGCUGGCGAGUCAUCCCACAAGGUUCUGGAUUUCAACAGCGGAGUUCCAAAUUCAGUGUUAAGGUUUGAGAGCAACCAGUUGGCGGCCAAUUCCCCAGUGGAAGACCGACAAGGUGUGGCUUCCUGCGUGCAGACGAGGGGGACGAUGUUUGGUAUUUUUGAUGGGCAUGGUGGCCAUGCGUGUGCACAGGCGGUGAGCGAGAGGCUUUUCUAUUACAUGGCGGUGUCCCUCAUGUCCCAUAAGACCUUGGAGCAGAUGGAGGAAGCCAUGGAGAACAUGAAGCCUUUGCUGCCCAUCCUGCAGUGGCUCAAGCACCCCGGAGACAGUAUUUAUAAAGAUAUCACAUCGGUUCAUCUGGACCACCUCCGAGUCUAUUGGCAGGAACUCCUUGACCUACAUAUGGAAACGGGACUAAGCACUGAAGAGGCAUUGAUGUACUCCUUCCAGAGACUGGACUCCGACAUCUCGCUAGAAAUUCAGGCUCCUCUGGAAGAUGAGGUAACGAAGAACUUAUCCCUCCAGGUUGCUUUUUCUGGGGCGACAGCCUGCAUGGCCCACGUCGACGGAGUUCACCUGCACAUAGCAAAUGCUGGCGACUGCCGAGCUAUCCUGGGUGUCCAGGGAGACAAUGGAGCGUGGUCAUGUUUACCUCUUACCUGUGACCACAAUGCCUGGAAUGAGGCAGAGCUGUCCCGGCUUAAGAGAGAACACCCCGAGUCUGAGGACAGGACACUCAUCAUAGAUGACAGGCUGCUGGGUGUCCUCCUACCCUGCAGGGCCUUCGGGGACGUCCAGCUAAAAUGGAGUAAAGAGUUGCAGCGGAACGUCCUAGAGAGGGGAUUUGAUACCGAGGCCCUCAACAUCUACCAGUUUACCCCGCCCCACUACCACACUCCACCCUACCUGACUGCUAAGCCUGAGGUCACAUACCACAGGCUUAGGCCCCAAGAUAAGUUCCUCGUGCUGGCCUCAGAUGGCCUCUGGGACAUGCUGGACAAUGAGGAUGUGGUAAGGCUGGUGGUGGGGCACCUGUCCAAGGUCGGUCACCAGAAGCCAGCCCUGGAUCAAAGACCAGCCAACCUGGGCCACAUGCAGAGUCUGCUGCUGCAGAGGAAAGCCAGCGGACUCCAUGCAGCUGACCAGAAUGCAGCCACACAUCUGAUCAGACAUGCCAUCGGGAGCAACGAGUAUGGGGAAAUGGAGCCAGAGCGUCUGGCUGCCAUGUUGACGCUGCCAGAGGAUGUGGCCAGGAUGUACCGGGAUGACAUCACUGUCAUGGUGGUGUUUUUUAACUCAGAAUCAAUUGAUACCUAUUUUAAGGAGGGUUAAGAGUCUCACCCUGUUGCCAAGGCUAACUCGAAUGCCCUUUAUUUAGAACAUUUCCACUCAUUCCUUAGUGAGCAAUCCAAACCUUAGUAAAGAACAGGCAGACAUAGGUUGCUGAGUAAUUAACGAAAGGUAGGGAAAACCAUCCUUAGUGCAAAAAAACAAAAAACAAAAAACAAAAAACAAAAAAACAAACAAACAAAAAAAGACAUUAGGAGCGAAUUUUGUCCUGUGUGUUGGUCAGCUCUUCUAUGCAGCAGACAAAAUAAAGACUAAAAUUGGCUUAGGCUCAUGUAGCCCAUGUCCUUUAUAAAGACUGUUAAAUUGUGUCAUCCUGUGCUUUUAAAGGAUAAAUUUAAUCAUGAGUCUAAGAAUAAAGAACUUCAGGAUCUUCUGAGACCCAGUUGCAAAUUUUAUAGAGGUGAUCCUUCUGAACUCUCGUUAUGAGCAACUUCUUGGCUCUAGUUUUUUGUUUGUUUUUUUUUUAAACUAGGGAAGCCUAGGUUUACAAAGCAAUCUUCAGGGCACUUUUCUAUGUUGUGUUCUAACUUCCCUCUGUGUGUGUGUGUGUGUGUGUGUGUGUGUGUGUGUGUGUGUGUGUUUAUAUGAAACGACUGUGAUAAUACUCUGGAUAGUCUGUGCUGUUUGUGUUUUAAUGCUGGUUAAAUUUAUUUUAAAACUGAAUCUCAAGCUUGUAAGCAGGACUGCCAGAAGCAUGUUUGGGACCUCAGCUGAGGAUGAGAGGAACUAGGCCUCUGGAUCAGCUGAAUUUAAUUGUGCAGCUAUCGUUCCCCUCCGUUGAGCCUCACUUCUGAACCUUUGAGCCGCCUGGGGAGGUGAUUUCUGUCUAAUCCCUAACUCCUGGCAUUUUUGCUUAGUCAACGGUUCCCCCUAGGCUUAGCCACGGGUUAUUCAUAAUUUUAGGUUCCUUUUGAUUAUAGCCUCCAAACAUUCUGAUUCCCUGUGACACAAUCCUACCUCUGCUAUUCUGCCUGGCCUCAUCCUGAUGUUACUGGAAAACCUUACCUGUUCUUUCUAUCAUCCAAAGGUUGGAAGAAAGAUGACGUGGUAAUUGAGGACAUUUAGGCAGGACGGACUUUUUCAGUGGUUUGUGGACUUGAGAGUUCAGCCUGGAUCUAGAGAAGUGAAAGUAAGGUCUUAUGAAGAGCCAGGAGCCGAGGCUUUCUCUCUGCAUCUUGGAAGGGAGGAGGGAGACUUAUCAGAUGGGCCACCUGCCCCUGCCUGUUGAGUUGCCGUGGCUACGCCCCGAAGACUAGACCAUAUUUAGUGUGAUAGUUGGGUGAAAGUUAAAAUGCAUCUGGCUAUAGUCCUCAUGGGUCGUUGGUGUCUGCUUAAAAACUAAUCCAUACAAAUCGGUUUCAGGGGAUACGUUUCCUCUUCUCUUGGUUGGCUGUGGCAUUGAACUGCAGGAAAUGUGUCCCUAAAUGGAAACACACUUUAUUUUUGGCCAUUUUAAUUUCCUGUCCCUUGUCAGUGCCGUAGGCAAAGCUCUUUAGUUGAUCCUUUCUGUUGCUUAUCCACUGUGCCAUCCACACACUAGGUUUGGCCCCCUUGGCUUUGCAGGUUAGACGUUCUGCCAAGUUCAGACUGGGUUAGCAAAACUGGUUAGCUCAGUGGGUAAAGGCUGCCAGUCUCAAAAUCCCGAGUUCCAUCCGUGGGACUUGCGUGAUGAAAGGAGUUGAAAGAUGUCACUGACCUCCACAUGUGCACUGAGGCACAUGAACUCACACACACAAAAAAGAAAUCAGAGCCAGGCAGUGAUGGUGCAUGCCUUUAAUGCCAGCACUCAGGAGGCUGAGGCAGGUGAAUCUCUUGAGUUUGAGGUCAGCCUGGUCUACAGAGUUCCAGGACAGCCAGGACAAUACAGAGAAACCCUGCCUUGACCUCCAGUCCCCACCAGAAAAAACAAACAAACAAACAAACAAACAAACAAACAAAAAAACCAAAAUGAGAAUCGUUUUUUGUACAUUUCCCAGUGUACCUGUUUAGUGAUAAUGGUUUUAUGUUUAAAAAAAAAAAAAGAAAGAAAAGAAAAAAGAAAAAGAACUCUUUUGGGUCCUUUUGUUCUGAAUCUGAUCUCUUAGAUUUUUUUUUUUUUUUUUUUUUACUCAAAAGUAAAAUGUAGGCAGCUCACCUUGAGCCUGUACCCACACUUGGGUGUGUUUACUUUCUGUGGCUCUUUUCUGAGAGGCCCACACUUAUGCUCUCAGGUGUGGCUUACCUUCUGAGUGCCUCUAUCUCUUAAUCCUCGUGCUUACGUCUACCUAAAAUAACAACCCUGACUCUGCUGCCUCAAAAUAAAAAUCGAGAAGCCUGGGUGUGGUGGUGAAUGCCUUAAUUCUAGCACUUGAGUGGAGGAAGGAAGAUCAGAAAGUUCGAGAGAGAUACAUGAGACCCUUCUACAAAAAAUAGUGUGUGCCAGCUAGGCACUAAGGCCAUCCUAGGCCACACAGUGAGACCUUGCCUCAGAAAAUAAAACAUAACCCCAAACAUGAGUCACUACUAGGUUUAUGGGUUUGUUAUUUGAAUGGAAGGCACUAUUUGACAUUUUUUUUUUCUCUUUGCCCUUUGCUUUCUGUGCCAGCUAAACCCAGGAUCAUCCUUGGAGCCUUAUCCUGGAGUAACUUAUCCUGGAGUUGAUUGAACACAGAUCUCCCAUCUGUAUCUCCAAGCGAGUCUGUGUUUUCUCAGUGUCUAAUAGCUGUCCCUGCUUUUCAACUGAAAUAUUGAGAGAGAAGAAAGGCUAAUUUAUAGCCUACCUUUUUCUCUGCCUCUGUACCCGGCUUUUCUGCCUGUUCCAGUGAGUAUUGUCUUCUGGUUACUCACCAGUGGCUGUCUAUCCCCCUGGCUAUGGGUCUUGGCAGUGACUCCCUUGAGGCAAACGAGCUUUUGCUUUGGGACACUGAAAUGAGGAAGGAGACUCAUGGUCCUCGUCCGUUCUUCCGAAGCUUAUCAUUCCUUUCAUACAGAGAUUUCAAUUUUUAGACUUUUAAAAUUUAAAUAAUGAGAUUGACCAUUUAGUAUUGCAGAUGUAUGUCUUGGUACUUAAAGUGACGUUUAUGAUUUGCAGUAAGAAACGUAUGGAAAUGGUAUAAUUUAGAUGUUUAUGUGUAAACAGUGCAGUGCUAUUGAUUUCCAAAGUUAAUAAAGCUGUAGAAAAGAUGAUAGUUUUGAAUGUAUAUUAGAUCGUGUUAAUAAGAUUCAGUUUUUGGAGAUGUUAUUUGUAACGCUAAAGUUAAUUUAUUGUAAUGUAAACUUUGAGAUGUAAUAUAUGCACAUUUUCCCCAGAAGUACAUUUGAUCUAAUAAAAGCUAAAAAGCUUUUAGGCACAAAACUUGAUUGGGACACAAUCCAGUCGACACCUUUUAAAGAUAAAAUGCCGCCGGCUUGACCUUCAGAUAAAGAAGGGUAUAAUUAUGUGGAAUGGCAACAUUCAAAAGGAGGCUGUUCUGUCCUUUUGACCAUCAGUUUCUGUUCUUUCAUUGGACAGCUGUAACCUUCCAGGUUAAACCAGAAUAUUCUGGAAUGGAGCCAUUGCAGUGCUGAGUCUUUGAAGUGCCGCAGCUGCUGUAGAAGCAGGCCACUAGCUUUGGAUUUGAGGAUCAAAGCUAGUAAUGCAGUUCAAGCGUAAACGGUCAAGUGUGUAGCCUGGUGGGGGAGGCAUGUUUAGGUUACCAUGUAACAGUUUCCUGAGCCAUCUGAGGUCCUGUGCUUUCUUCCUUUGGUUCCUGGUGUCUAACUUGCCUCCUGGAAAGUGUUUCUUACUAAGCAUUUCCUUGCAAGCAAUCAUUAACCAUGUACUUUAAUAAUUACUGGCAUUUGUAUUUUAAACUGUACCGAUGUCCUAUCUGACACCGAUUUUCUAACCUUUGAGGAUAUUUAAGUAGAACUUUUAAAUAAAAGAGGCAAAAUGA